UCUAAAAUAACAUUUUCCACCCGUGCAUCAGUGACUGGAGUUUGUGUUCAUGUUACCAUAACAGCCAGUUUAACAGGCUGCAGCAUCUGAUUGUUUUGAGACUUCUCUCACUGCUGCUGGACUGAAAAGGAGCUGAGACGUUUCUGCCACUAAAACUAAAUCCUGUUGAAUCUGAACAGAAUUUUUGGAAUCAUUUCAAGAGCCUUUUUUGGGGGGAGAUGAGUGGACGACGUCAGAGAAGAUUCCCUGAGGUGGUUUCAUCCAGAUUCUGUGAUGGGGAAAAAAAGGAAAACAGUGGGACUGGAAAAGUACGAAGCAGACACGCCUCUGAUCAUCGUGGGUGAAGUGAAGAUAUACCCUCCCAGGAUGAGAGAGGUGAAGUCAAAGGAGAGGAUUAAGAAAGUUACCACAGCAAAGAAGGGCACGGCUAUAUGUGAGACAUCAGGGAAUGUAAUGAAGCUUUGUGUCAACUUAAUGCCUGUUUUAGCUGCAGCCAGAGAGGAGGAGGAGGAGGAGGAAGAGGAAGAAACCAGCUGCACAGGGGCAGAGGAACCCGAAACCACAGACACAAAAGAUCCAUCUGUGACCAAAUUAAAGCAACAAGCAUUCACCACAAGUGAUUCUUACGCAGGAUUAACCAAUGCAAGCAAACAAUCACUCAAUCCUCUGUUUGUGCUGCCGCCUAUAACGGAACCUGCACCAGCUCCUGAGUGUUGUGACCAUCACAGGACCAGGAGGUUCCCCACACCUCUACCUCCCAUCGGUUCAUCUGAGAAAACAACAACCACCAUCUCUCCACCGGACUGCACAAGUGAAGGCUGUGGAGGUGAUACAACAGUGUCAGACAGCAGGCCCUGGAUGGAUAAUGUCCUGUUCUCCAAAAGUAGAUCUGCUGAGUUCCGUCUUCCUGACAUCUCCCUGUCCAGUCUGGACGCUCUGCUGCAGACUGUCACGCUGAAGCUGGCGAGGAAGAGGAGAGGAUUAGGUGAUGAAGAAGGUGGACCGUUGAGACAAGUCCAGUCUGAUCACCUCCUAAUGACUGUUAGUGAACAACGUUUGAGAGAGAAGAGGGUCGGGCAGCAGAUCUAUGAAGGUGGAUCAGCACCAGAGACACCGGUGGCUGGACACAGUGUGAACAGACAGAGGAGGCUCCCUCCUCAACCCGCACCCAUCCUCACCAUGACCAAGAAAAACUUCCCGACUUACACAUGAUGCAGGGAACUGGACUCACAAC